UUCGAAACUAUCAGAAUUUCCCGCAAACACAAACACCCUUAACAAUCCAAACUGCACCUUCAAAAACACAGCACACACAAAAAAUCCAGAUCUCCAUUUCUAUCUGAAAAAAAACUGCAAUUUAAAUUUUGUAGAAUCAGAAACUAUUGGACUCAGUGAGUUUGCGCCGGAGCGAAUUAUGGACGGUAGUUUGAUAACGAGGCUAGAAUCGGCGGUGACGCGGCUGGAGGCGCUGUCCGCCGGAGGUUUCCUCCAUGUAGGUGCGGCGGAGGUCAGUCGAGAUGCCGGCGCCGCGGAUCCCUCGAUUGUGGCGUUUGACGAUCUCAUUUCGCAACACGUCAAUGGAGUUACGAUCGCCGCGGAGAAGAUUGGAGGACAGGUUUUUGAUGUUUCGAAGAUCAUCGAGGAAGCUUUUAUUGUCCAGAGAGAUCUUCUCGUCAAAAUCAAGCAAACUCAGAAACCUGAUAUGGCGGGGUUAGGCGAAUUCCUUAAGCCAUUGAAUGAGGUUAUUACAAAAGCUUCUGCAUUGGCGGAGGGAAGGCGGUCUGAUUUUUUCCACCACCUAAAGACAGCUGCCGAUAGUCUCUCUGCUCUUGUAUGGAUCGCAUUUACUGGAAAAAACUGCGGUAUGAACAUGCCUAUUUCACAUGUUGAAGAAAGUUGGCAAACCGCUGAGUUUUACUGUAACAAGAUUCUUGUGGAGUACAGAAACAAAGAUGCAAGUCAUGUCGAGUGGGCAAAGGCUUUAAAGGAGCUUUACGUGCCUGGCUUGAGGGAUUAUGUCAAGACUCACUAUCCAUUGGGCCCCACAUGGAGUGCCACAGGGAAGACAGUAUCACCCGCUCCAAUGAAAGGUCAUGGUCCAGCUGCUCCACCGCCUCCGCCUGCUUCACUUUUCAGCUCCGAAACAGCGCAGCCUUCUUCUUCCCGCCCAAAAGAAGGGAUGGCUGCUGUUUUCCAAGAACUUAAUUCUGGAAAACCAGUUACUUCAGGUCUGAGGAAGGUGACUGCCGAGAUGAAGGCCAAGAACCGUACAGAUAGAGUUGGUGUAGUUAGUAUUUCUGAGAAAGAAAGCCGUGCUAGUUCACCUGCUUUAACUAAAACUGGGCCUCCAAAACUAGAACUUCAAAUGGGUCGAAAGUGGGUGGGUGAUAAUCAAAUUGGUCAAAACAAUUUAGUAAUUGAUGAGUGUGAUGCAAAGCAGACAGUAUAUGUAUACGGGUGCAAGAAUUCGGUUCUUCAGAUCCAAGGAAAAGUGAACAAUAUUACCUUGGACAAGUGCACUAAGAUGGGAAUCGUAUUCAAGGAUGUUGUGGCAGCUUGCGAGAUUGUCAAUUGUAAUUCUGUGGAGGUGCAAUGUCAGGGCUCGGCUCCUACAAUUUCAGUAGAUAAUACAGCAGGUUGCCAGCUGUACUUGAGCAAAGAUUCUCUAGAGACUUCUAUAACAACAGCAAAGUCGAGCGAAAUCAAUGUACUAGUACCUGCAUCCGAAACAGACGGUGAUUGGGGAGAGCAUGCUUUGCCACAACAGUAUAUUCAUGUAUACAAGGAUGGCCAAAUUGUAACAACUCCAGUGUCCCACUCUGGAGCCUAAAUUAAAAGGCUUCUUAUUUUUUAUUUUUUUUUAAUGUACGCGU